AUGUCUAAUACAAGCGAUCUGUUUGAUGAUAUCAAGUGCGGUAUAUGUCUGGAUAUUGUCAGCCAACCGGUACUAACCCAGUGUUGCCGACACCUGUACUGCAAUGGCUGUAUCAGGCAAUGGCUGACCGGCAGCAGAACCGGUACCACUGAUACUACUACUAUCAUGAAUGGCUUUUAUAGACACGAACAGCGACGACAAACCUGUCCAAUGGAUAGACGGCCGCUAACUGUCCAACAAUUAAUGAAACCAUCAAUACUUGUCAGUAAUUUGUUAAUAUAUUUCAAUAGAAAAGAAGAUAUUAUGGAUUAUAUCGAUGAAAAACAAGUGGACAACAAAUACACCGAAAUUUCCCGAAUAUUAUUUUGCUAUAAAUGCUGUCGUCUACCGAUUCGGCGUCCAGUGGCCCGUAAAUGUUGUCCAUCGGUAUUAAUGUGCGUCAAAUGUUUAGCCAAUGAUGACCAGCAUUGUAUUCUAUGUAAUUCGAGCGGACAGUUGGCCACAGAGGCCAAUGUCGAGCCGAAACGUUUCCGUUGGUACGACCAGAUUAUAGUCAGAUGUCUGAAUUUGUUGCCAUCAGAGGCAGCGGCGGCGGCGAUGGCGUCGACCUCUUCUGCGGCAUCGGUUUCGGUGGCCAUUGGCUGCACUUUUAGGGGAACUAUCGGCGAACUGAGAGGACAUCUGGACGGCAACGGUCAAUGUAUUGGCCGUACGGAUAGGCUGUGUAGUACAUGCAAUGGCCGUAUAAGUGAGCAUAAUAUUGUUGCUAAUGGCGUACAAGGAGGCGAUGCCGCCCCAGAGUCGGCGGCCGCCGGCGGAGGCGUCGGAGUAUUGGACGUUAGAUUAUGUAUUCAACUAAUGGCCAAAAAAAUGGCCGAAGAAAUGGCCAAAAUCAGACAAGACUUUGAUAGAUAUCGAGUUGUAAUCGAACUGUUAGUUCAACGGAGAGGUCAGGGAUGUGGAGGUGGAGGAGGAACGGGUGGUUAG